CCUGCGGCGACCCAAGUCUCGGCUCUCGCGAGGUUUCGUGUUCUGGAACUCGCGGGGUGACGCUCUUCGUAAACUGCGUGGCGAUGUGUGGGGACUGUGUGGAGAAGGAGUACCCCAAUCGGGGGAGCACAUGUCUGGAGAAUGGGUCUUUCUUGCUGAACUUUGCAGGCUGUGCUGUGUGCAGUAAGCGGGAUUUUAUGCUGAUCACAAACAGAUCCCUGAAAGAGGAAGAUGGAGAAGAAAUAGUUACCUAUGACCAUCUGUGUAAGAAUUGUCAUCAUGUAGUAGCCAGGCAUGAGUAUACAUUCAGUAUCAUGGAUGAAUUUCAGGAGUAUACCAUGCUGUGUCUGUUAUGUGGCAAAGCUGAAGAUACUAUCAGUAUUCUUCCUGAUGACCCCCGACAAAUGAGUCUGUUGUUCUAAGCCUCCUGCAGUGCUGUUGUAACUAUGUUGGGUUGGUUUAAAAUAUAGCAGCCUAAUGGUUUGUCUAAUAAUGAAAGUUCUUUGUAUGUUUUCUUUUCUGCUUAAACUUUCCUAUUUGGAGGAAAAAGCAAUUUGGAGUAUUGUUUUCUGGAAUUGAGCUUCUUUGCUAAAGUCCCCUGUCCACAUUAGUGCUGCCAGAGUGAAUGUGUUUGCUAGUGGUUAUUCAGCUAGAAGCAGAGCACCUCUGCACUCAGAUCUGACAGAUUUCCUGUCAAAGAAACCCAGGGCCCUUUGCAAAAGUAAAUGAUGGAAUGGGGCAGAAAUUCUACAUGGUGAACUUAGAGCAUUUUGUGACACCUACACACACAAAACCAAACAAAUAACAAAAAAAUCCCACAUCCAUUAAGGCAGUGCAGUGGUUCUCAACCUUUCUAAUGCUGUGAUCCUUUAACACAGUUCCUCAUGUUGUGGUGACCCCAAGCCAUAAAAUUAUUUUCAUCGCUACUUCAUAACUGUAAUUUUGCUAUUGUGAAUUGUAAUGUGAGUAUCUAUAUACAGGAUAUCUGCUGUGUGACCCAUGUGAAAGGGUAGUUUGAUCCAAAGGAUUCUGGACCCACACCUUGAGAACCGCUGGAUUAAGGGAAUGGUCAGUGAACACAGCUUUAAUAAUUUGAAAAUAAGCAAAUUGAUAUUUUGAAUUAUAGCCCAGAGUAUGCACUAAAUACCCAUAGGUGCAUGCUGAUAGCAGUAAUUGGGUGGAUGGAUAGAUGGACAAAUAAACAGGGGAGGAAGAGAAGGAAGGAGGUGCAGGGGAAGGGGUAUUUCCCAUGACCUACUUUGUCAGUGUGGGCUGUGCACAUAGUGACUCCUUCUGAAGAGCAGCAUGGAAAGAGAGGAAAGAGAAACCUAGCAAACACUGGCACAGCCAGGUGGUCAGGGUUAAUAUUGUCAUCCAUAAGCCGUCUUGAUUUGGGUACCCUUCAUAUGAUGAAGUGUGAAGGUCUCUAUGGUUUUCUUCCUAUCUGAUCACGAGAACAUGCAAAUUCAGAUUCCCUGACCAGUGUCUCUCAAAACUGACCAAGGUCUUCAAAAACGAGGAUGUGAGAACUGUUAGGAGGCUAAGGAGGCGUGGUGGCUAAUGCACUGCGGCCUAAACGGAAGCCUAUCCACAAGAAGCACAGGCCAGAAAACAGAAAUCGGAGCCAAGAAUACACUGUAAGUGAAUCGGAUUGUCCCAUUUCCUCCAGAGGGAUCGUAGAAUGUGUUAUGUGCAUAACCGAAAGAACCCUGACCUAGCGGUCCCAGCACUGACACCCUGUCUGCACUGUCCUGGGGAAUCAGAUAGCCCGUAAACAGAGCAGUGCUCUGGGCUUCAGUAUCCUGUUUCUGUAAAACUGGGCUAACAGAAUGUGAUCUUGUACUCUUUUUGCAGGACUGAUAGGAGACCCAAAUGAAUUAAUGAAUGUAAAAUACUUUGGAAAACCUAUAAAGUUCUAGAUACAAUGAUGUACCUUCAGUUCUUAGUGUAACACCCAGGCUUAAAGGGAGCAGGCAUUAGAAACAGAACUGUUUCCUCAUUGUGGCUAAGGGUUCGCCACUAAGGCACACAAAAAGUGAGCAACUGUGCAGUGUUGAUUCCAGGGAGCCCUUCUUAUAUUGUAGCGGCAGUAACAAUAGCGGAGCGCGUGCUGCUCUGUACAGUAGCCACUGGAAGCACUUACUUACACUGCCAUGAACAUGGUGCCAUUGUCACUCCAGUUUUGGAGCUAGGAAGAGCCUACUUGAUGACAUGAGCAGCUCAGAGUCACUCAGUCGUCACAAGGACCCCUUCCCAGCAGUGGUGCUGGCUGAAUGUGAGGCAUAAAGCUCUGGUGAGGUUGGGAAGAGGUCAGUUCAAGGUGUCAUUGACAGCCCUCUGCAGAACCCAGGCAUGUCAGACAAAGACUUAUUAUUCAGAAGGUUAAGUCAGCUGCUCCAGGGAGGGCAGGUGGUUUCUUCCUGGAAAAUGCUUUCCAUUUCGCUACAAAUCUAUAUCUGACCUGCUGAGGAAACCGUUUGGUGAAAUGAAUCCAAAAAGCUGAGAACAGCUUCAUUUCUGUAAAUAGCAGCAGUGAGUGAUUACAGCCCCCAAGGUCCCUUUUGGAGUCUGCCGAAGCUCUGGCGAAGCUAUUGAGACUGAAGAGUGUGAUCCUGUAUACCCCGCUGACACCUCAUCUACCACAGAGUAUUAUCCAUCUAUUUUGGAUAUAGAUUACAGCAUUUCAAAACACAGGAUCCUGUAUUCCACUAUUAUUCAGCCAACCUAGUGCUGUACCUUGUGAUACUCUGGUCUUGGAGAAUUCUUCUGGGGCUCUAAUGGAAAAUAAAGACGUCUUAAAUCCA